AUGGUUUCAGGCUAUACCCAUCUGGGAUUUGCCGAGAAAGCGUUAGUUUUGGUUGUGAAGAUGCAAUUUCGCGGGAUGAAACCCGAUUCGUUCACUUGGAACACGUUGAUCUCGGGGUUUUCUCAGUUGGGUAAGGAUGAAUUGGCUUUGGAUUUGUUUCGACUGAUGAAGAUUGAUGGAAUCGAGCCUGAUGUGUUCUCUUGGACUUCGAUUAUAUCUGGGUUUGUUCAGAACUUUAAGUACGAUAAAGCUUUUGAGGUGUUGAGGCAAAUGGUGGUGCUUGAUGGAAUCAAACCAAGCUCUGUUACUGUUUGUAGUCUUUUGCCAGCUUGUGCUAAUGUUAUGAACCUGAGAAGAGGGAAGGAGAUCCAUGGUUAUGCUCUAAUUAUUGGCAUCGGAGAGGAUUUAUUUGUAAAUAGUUCACUCAUUGAUAUGUAUGCAAAAUGUGGGCAUAUAUUCGAAGCAGAGAAGAUAUUCAAUAGGAUGAGAAAAAGAAGCAUUAUCUCAUGGAAUUCUAUGAUUUUUGGGUAUUCAAAUCACGGGCAUUUCGAAAAAGCCAUCAAGCUUUUCUAUCAGAUAGAAAAUGAUGGUUUGUCACCAGAUCACCUAACAUUUACUGCAGUAUUCACUGCCUGUAGUCAUGCAGGAAUGAUCGAGUUAGGGGAGAAUUUGUUCAGAUUAAUGAAGGAUGAGUAUAGAAUUGAGCCGAGAUUGGAGCAUUAUGCUUGCAUUGUGGAUCUUCUAGCCCGAGCAGGGAGGCUCGACAAGGCUUAUGAGUUUAUACGGGUCAUGCCUGUUAAGCCCGAUUCAUUUGUAUGGGGAGCAUUGCUUGGCGCAUGUAGGAAACACGGUAAUGUCCAUCUUGCUGAGAUUGCGGCUUCGAAUUUGGCUGACCUCGAACCUGAGAGUUCAGGGAGUUGUGUGAUGAUGUCUAACAUGUUCAUGGAUGCUGGGAGAUGGAAUGAUGCUUUGAAGAUGGAGAAGGGGAUGAGGAAGAAGAUGGUGGAGAGGUAUUUAGGGUGUAGCUGGUUGCAGAAUGAUCAGUAG